AUGUCUACUGCAUCCUCACAUUCUUCCUAUUCCUCGCCCUAUUGGAGUGAGCGUGGUGAACAUCGUACAAGUGGAGAUAGUGGAAUAUCAUCAGUCUCUGUUAUUCAUUCCCCAACACGUUUACCAAUAGCUUCGAAAUUUUCACCAACAUCAAGCUCGUUUUCAUUUAAUAAAAAUAAUGAAUAUACUACGGAACAUUUAGAUACAGAUGCAAAUUGUUACCGGAUGAAAGAGAGAGAAAGAAAAAGUUCCUGA